UUUGAUUUGAAAGUAUUUCCAUUCCUUCCAUGUUUCAAGCAUUCCCUGUUUCCAAGUCUUUCGAGAAUCGUUUGUUGUUGAGAGCGAGACCCAUGUGAGAUCCAGUUCCGUCAUUUCUGGUCCACAGAAAAUUCGAGAAAAAGUCAAAAGGAAUCCUACGAUUAUGGAAGCGCAAGUUGGUAUGGUUGUUGAAGGCGGACAAAGAGCUUUGAAUACUGCCCAUGGAAGCGUCGCCGAUGGGGGUACCCGAAAAUUUUUGCGUCAGAGCAGCCGUACAAAACAGACGCUAAAUCAACAACCCCAGAUGGGAACGGUGCAGCAACUUCUGGCAGGUGGUGUGGCUGGUGCUUUUAGCAAGACCUGUACCGCGCCGCUAGCUCGCCUUACUAUUCUCUUUCAGGUGCAAGGUAUGCAUUCGGAGGUGGCUGCAUUGAGCAAGCCUUGCAUAUGGAAGGAGGCUUCACGCAUUGUCAGUGAAGAAGGAUUUAGAGCAUUUUGGAAAGGCAAUUUGGUGACCAUUGCUCACCGUCUUCCUUAUUCUGCAGUCAGCUUCUAUGCUUAUGAACGCUACAAGAAUGCAAUAUAUUCGCUUCUUGAGGAAAAUCAUAGAGGCUAUGUAAGCUCAGAACCUUUUGUGCACUUUUUAGGAGGUGGCUUGGCGGGCAUAACUGCUGCCUCUGCCACUUAUCCUUUGGAUCUUGUGAGAACACGACUUGCAGCACAGAGAAGUGCCAUGUACUACAGGGGCAUCUCACAUGCUUUUAGUACCAUUUGUAGAGAGGAAGGUUUGCUUGGCCUGUAUAAGGGACUUGGAGCGACAUUGAUGGGUGUUGGGCCUAGCAUAGCCAUCAGUUUUUCUGUUUAUGAGACUUUGCGCUCCUUUUGGCAAUCCCGAAGGCCCAAUGAUUCGACUGUCAUGGUCAGUCUUGCUUGCGGCAGUCUAUCUGGCAUUGCAUCUUCGACAGCAACUUUUCCUUUGGAUCUGGUCAGGCGCAGGAUGCAGUUAGAGGGGGCUGCUGGCCGAGCCCGUGUUUAUAAUACCGGUUUGUUUGGGACAUUUGGUUACAUAUUUCAGACUGAAGGUCUACGGGGCCUGUACAGAGGCAUUCUGCCUGAGUACUACAAGGUUGUUCCUAGUGUUGGCAUUGUCUUUAUGACAUACGAGACGAUGAAGAUGCUUCUAUCUGGCAUUCCACAAUCUUAGAGCGAUUUUCCAUGAUUUCUUGUGCUCUUCCCAUCUAUUCAAAGCCUUGGACAGAGGUUUAGAGGUAAAGUUAAUAGAAGAAAAGAAAGUAGGUGGGGUCUAUUUGAAAUUUUGCGGGGGUGAAUUUUGCUGUCACCGCCAUGGACACAUGUCUGGGUGUAUAGAUAGUUAUUCCUGAGCAACAACAAUUGUACUCUGUUCGAAUUUUAGGUUGAAACCUUUUCUUUGUAGUUGACGAUCAUAUCACCAAAGCAAUUUUGUUGAGAGCUAUUGAAUCACGUGUCUUCAAAGCUAUCAUGUACUCAACUUGUUAUAUUUGUAGUUAUGUUUAUGCAGUGACUUCUUUCAAGGUAAGAAGUGGAGUGUAUGGGGGAUUUAGCUAAAUUAUUGUGUGCCAAAAUGGGUUUGUAUAGUAAAGGUAGAACUUUUCUUCUGAGAAUAUGGAUACUAUACAUUGGCUGGUGUAAUGGUUAUUGAGAUGUUCAUGGCGGAUCAUAUUUUUAAUCCAUUUGAACAUAUUAUUCUGCUCGGA